AUGCCUCGAAAAAUUCUACUCCUUUACAUGUUCUUGAUAGUGUCUCUGCUCUCGACAUCGUUUUCGCGCGCACGGAAGCUUCCGGAAGAUGUGAGCCCAGGUAGAAGGCCUCCAACAUUUUCAGACCAGUCGUCGUAUCUUACGGCGCUUCCAAAGGAGAAAGUGCUGAAGGGCCACUCUUUCGCCAUCGACGAGAAGCUAAUUAUCCGCCACCUCCGAGCCAUCGGCCGGAUUUUAAGAGAAAGCGCGCCGAAUCCCGGGACCGGAAAUUGA